UAUUUGUGUCAUUUUGUAUUUGUGUGUAAAAUUUGGAAUUUUGAUUGUUGUCUCCGGGAAACUAGUGAGAAUUCGUUAUGAUUUUACUCCGCGGUUUCGAUCUUCCGUCCUAGCAUUCUGCAGUAGAUCAAUCCCUAAGCACCUUCAAUUUGUUUGCACUGAGUGUAAAUCUCGUAAGCCUCUAAACAUGAUUCUGUGAGCAAAUCUUCACGAACAUGGCCUGUUGCCCCUACAGUCGUUCGGGAGUAUUAGAAACUCUCGUUCGAAACCAGUGGUACAAAGUUUUUGUAAAUUUGAAUGAUGAUUAUUUAAGCAUCACUUUAGAAGAUAACUUUGAUAAUGCAACCGCUCUUAAUGGAACUCUCAAUAAUAAUAACAUUAAUACGCUUGACUCUAGUUGCGGAAUCAUUGAUAACAGUGACAUUCCUGAGUCUAUAGCCAACCAGAAACGGACAGUUCGUGUUGUGAAAUCGGACAAUAAUGGUUUGGGUAUCUCUAUCAAAGGUGGCAAAGAAAACAAGAUGCCCAUAUUGAUUUCAAAAAUCUUCAAAGGCAUGGCGGCUGAUCAGACAGAACAACUAUACGUCGGGGACGCCAUACUAUCAGUGAACGGAGAAGACUUACAAGAUGCGACUCAUGAUGAAGCAGUGAAAUCUCUCAAAAGAGCUGGAAAAGUUGUAGAAUUAGAAGUCAAGUACCUGCAUGAAGUCACACCGUACUUUCGAAAAGCAAGCAUUGUCUCUGAAAUUGGAUGGGAACUUCAACGAGGUUUUCUUUCAAAUUCGCCACCAAGUCCUAGAUCUCCACUACGAGCUGAUACUAGAUUCUUGCCCUUGCAACUGUGCUUUCUAGCCCGCAAUUAUAAACACAUUGAUCCAGGAAAUAGAUGUUUUGAGCUGCAUUCUCCAGACAGUAUUCAUUCGUGUAUUUUACGAGCAAGUGACACAACAGACGCUGCUGCUUGGUUCAAUGCACUACACUCAGCUUUACAUGUUCAGACUGUGAAGGCUUUUCAAGAGGCUAACAGAGUUCUCAGUAUAACCUCAGUCGGUGAGCUUCAUAGAAUUGGCUGGCUUGCACGGAAAUACCCAACAACUGAGAAUGAUCGAGCAAGUUCUGAAAGUAGUGAAGAGUAUGAUAAGUGGCAAGCUGUUUUUGCCGCUGUCACUGAUUCCGAAUUACGCCUUUAUGAAUCAGCACCAUGGAGUCUUGAAGCAUGGAACACACCGGUCGAAGUCUGUCGAUUAAUAUCAACCAGGCUUGUAUCUUCGUGUAGGCAAACAGACGUACAAUGCUCAGUAUUUAGUGUCAGGUGUGGAACUCCUGAAGGCGUUGUCACGCACUUGCUUCGAGCAGAAACACAUCGUGAUUUAGCUAAUUGGGCACGCACAUUAGUCAAUGGUAGUCACAAUUGUGUAAUGCUACAGAGAGAACUUGUGUGUCGAUGUAUGUGGCAAGGAAAACCUGCUCAAUUAGCUCUAAACUUUGAUAAUGGAUUCACACUGUUAGAAGCCCCUAGUGGCUCUAUGGGUCGAGAAAUGAAGGUUUUGUGGAGCUUUCCAUUUGAGAGGUUGCGCACUUCUGCAGAUGAUGGCUCUCGCCUGCUAUGGUUGGAUUUUGGUGGCGAUGAAGGAGAAAUGGAACUGGAUCUGGAAUGUUGUCCGAAACCUUUUGUCUUCAUUCUUCACAACUUUCUGUCUGCCAAAAUUCAUCAGCUUGGAUUAUACGCCUAAUUUUGCGGUUUAUUCAUAUUGCAAUAGAUCCUACCAAACACCUACAAGAACGGAAAGCAAGUCGCACAGAUCCCAUUUUUAUGUGAGCCUUGUUGUCUUUCGCCCUGUGAAGCAGGAACUUCACACCAAGGCGGAAUUUCUGAAGCUUUGUGAGUGACAAAAGUGAAACCUAUACACCAAAAAGCAAAUAUAGACCACUUUAAGAAUUUGCUUCGGGAGUUUAUGCACUAAUCUAUGUAUAAAUCCAAUUUGUGUCAUUUUCGUUCUUCUUCUUUUUUUUCUUUCUUUUUUUGCUAACAAUAAUAUUUGUCUUCUUUUUUCACAUUUUUGUCAACUUCUCUGCAGCUUGUUGAUCUGUUUUGGCUGUAAUAUUGUUGUACUUUUUUUCUUAUUAAAAUGUUAAGUUAUUAGUUAAUUUUACGGCCGACUUUAGAAGGAUCUGAGGUGUCUUAGUUGCACUUAUCUCAUUUGUGUAACAUGAUCAACAAAUUAAUAAAAUACCCACCACUCUCAUUGUUUAUGAUGGUAUGUACAGUUCAAAUGGGCAUAUGAGACUAGUUGUUAAUCAUCUUUUCAAUAUUGGCUCUCUAGUAUAGCCGUAGCUAUGACUGAAAAAAGAGGAACUUCAUAUCUGUAACUCAGUUUUAACAAUGGUUUUUACCUUAUCAUUGCCUCUUUCCAUCAUUAAACGUUUUAGGGAAAAAGAAAUUGAGAUGUGAUCAGUUGAAGUAGAGUUGGGCCAAAAUGGAUGUGUUGCCAGAACUGAAUCUUAAUCAGAUACCCAUUUUUAUUACUCUCUUUUCUUUUUGUUCUUUUUUGAACCAGGUUGCAUAGUGCUCUGUGAUUAAAAGCUUACUAAAUAUAUUAAUUACAAAGUAGAAUCAUCAUUCGUGAAAGAUGAAAUGCUCUGAAUCAAUUGAAAGACAUAUAAGAAUCACUCUAAGAAUCGUAUGUUCAUGCUUGAAGCUAAUGCGUAAGGCACUAGAUCCAUUCCGGAUUCCAAAUGAACAGAAAUAUCUCUUUUCAAAAAGAGCAGGACACUUUGACAACAUCCUUUGAUUCCUUUGCAAGCAACAACACCUAUAGCAUAAUUUUUAAAUGGCAGCAGCUCUACAUAUUCAGUGCUAGCAACACCAUCCAACGUCUCGCAAUCUCCCUCCACAAUGAGAUAGAUCACAGAUUCGCUGUAUUUUCUACUGGAUGAUCAAAUCAUCUUUCAUCUUUCUGUAAUCUUCUGUAAAAUCUUCGGAGCAUCAUCUUUCUGUAAGUUUACCACUUACAAACAACAGGAAUACCUAUAAAUUUUAUCCUGAACAUUUUAACUGUUCUUUUAUGCUCUUACGUGUUUCAACCCAUAAGAUGAAAUCUAUACUUAUUCAGUUUGGUUUGAAAUCGUAAAAAGAAAAAAAAAAAUGUGAUUUUUCGCAACUUUUUUCUCAUAAUUCAACUGCCUUGCAUUUUAACGUUCUCAGUAGUUCCUAAAUUUGUUUUUGUUAACACAGUUUGCAAAAUUGUGUUAAUUAAUUUAUUUUUAUUUGUUUGGUUCAAACAAGUUCUUGAUUAACAGAGAGUUUUAAGCAAACAGCGGAAACAAUUUUCACCUUCGCCGCGGGAUUCCAGAAUUUUGAUGCUUAAAUGUCUUGUCUUAAUUCGAUCCUUUUAAAUCAUGAUUCAAGUGAUUUUCAGAAUUUUAUCAUCUUCAUUGUUUAUCUUAUUUUUGAUGGUUUUUUUUCCUUUUAUCAGCAUGUAGAUUUCUCAAAUUAUGACUGUUUUGUAUGAGGUGCUGAUAUAUCAAAAAAUUUAUCUUUGGAGUUAACUAGCUCAGGAUUUAGUAAUCAUUCCAUAGUUUUUUCUGCUCCACUUUAUACCUGGAAAUAUCUUGUCACUCUGGAUUUGUAUAGUACAUCAAUUAAAACAACAUUUUGAAAAUUAUGUGUAUAAUGUUAAAAAGCACUAAAAAAUAAUCUUCAAUCAAUGAUAAUAUUGAGGGCUUUUGUCAAUUGUAGAUGUUUUGAAGAUCAAAAGCAGAAUAUUUUAAAGGUUAAAUUCAUAAUCUUUCUUGCAAUUGAAUUGGAUGGGAACCCGCCAAAAAUGAAUAUAAUUCAACAAUGGUUGGUGUUACCCUCAAAAAAUGUUUUAUAAGUAAACAGUAGUUUUGACCUACUAUCAAUAUGCUUUUAACAGAAAUUAACACAAUAAUCUCAGAACUCGCACAAGUAACAAAAGGUUUACAAUUAACAUUUUUUCUAGAACUAAAAAGCAAUAAUAGGAGGUAUUACGAAGAGUUAUCAAAACUAUUUUUAGUCUUAUGAGGAAACAUGUAUUCCAACUCUCUUGGGCCAAAUUUAGAACUUCUCUUAUUUCAAUUUACGCAAUGAGAGCCUCACUCUUAGACCUCUUUUGUAUAAAAUAAUUUGUAUUGAAUACAUUUUUACGGCUUUUUAGUGUAUUUUUUGUCUUAUUUUUUAGAAGAUAUUCCAGUUUAUGAACACUAUAAUCAUGUUUUUUGAAAAGUUGUUGUGACAACAAUGCUCAUUUUUAACAUUCGCACUCAAGGUUUUUGUUAAGUUUGCAUUUUGUGAUUAGAUUAAACCAUUUUAGUUUUAUUAACAGAACUAUGAUUGCAUACUAUGAAAGCAAUUUAAGAAUUGAAUUGUCAGAUCCCGUUUAUAUCCAUUGAUUCUGAUUCUUCAGACUGCACAUAACAGGUGAAAAAAUCAGAGAUCAUCUUCACAGGAGCAAUGUUUGACUCCCCGGUUGGGAAUAAAUACUCCAUUUCACCCCAUUGUUUCUUUUUUGUUUCUCUCUUAUUUUUGUUUUUAAAAGUCAGAAGAAUCAAUCGACUAUUUACUCUGUGUAACCUAAUGUAAAAUAGAGAUUAUACACCAAUGAAAUCCUGAAACCAUCAGGAAAUAAUGCUUCAGUUAUUUGCUGAUUAUACAAGUUUUAUGGCCUCUUAAAUACAUGAAGCUGCAAAAUGUAAUAACUUGUCAUAAGUAGAUGCCAGAGCAUUAGUUCAUUCAUUUCGGCCAUUUUCUGAACCUUUCUGGAUGUAAUUGUGGGCUAAGCAUGGAUCUGAAAGCCGAUCAUUUUGGCCAAAAAUUCGAGUUUUUCAGCAUUCAACGCAUUGCGAUCUACCAUUGAUAUGUUGGAGUGGUACAAAAUUUUUCAAUUACAUUCAUGAGAGAUGGGCGAGAGUCUAUCAUGGCCAAAAUUAAACCUUACGCUCUUAAUUUAAAAAAAAAAACUUUUUGGAGCAUUUCACCAGUAUUGAGGAGGGCUGAAAAAGAGCAACUCAGUUACACCAGCAAUCAAUCGGCAAGAUUUACACUCAAAUAGUUUAAAGCUUUUUUCUGAAGUCUAUGUUUGAUUUAAAUCCCCCCUAAAAAGCCACGGUUGCCAUAUUUUAUUGCUGUAUUUUUGAGAAAAUUAAGUUUUUCGGUAUUUUGGGGCAGCUUAUUGAACUCGUACGGCAGAGUUGAAAAAACUUUUACUCUUCCAUUUUCGCAAUUAUAUUACUGGCAAUAUUAUAAAUUUCUUUCUUUUUAGAGUCUUGCUCUGUAGAGUUGUUACAUUUCAUUGAAAUAAAUUCAGAUCAUGCACAUGCAAGAAAAUGUGAAUUUGUCUGUGGCUAUGCAUAUCUGACGUCUCAAAGAAGGCUAUGCGUCAGAGUUACUUCUGAAGAUUGACUCAUCAAAUAUUAAUGAAAACGCAAAUUUUUCACAGGAUAAGGAGCAUCAGCAUUAAACAUUGCUGUUGAGAAGAUCAAACUGUCCAUCAUUUUGAAUAAUUUUCAGAGAGAAAGAAUCUGGAACCAAUGUUGCCUUUAAGAGGGGGGAAGGAAAUGUCAGAUAGAAUAUAAUCAAUCUUGAGAACUUGAGACUGAUGGACGGCAAAAAGUCUUUAAGGUUUCAGGUUACAGUCAAGGUUUGAGAGUAUUUAGAUAGAAGCUUUCAACUAUCAUUGUACAUAACUUGCCGAAAAAUCUUAUUUCUGGUGGGAUCAUUUCAAAGCUUAUUAAUUCAUAAGUGGAUCUCGUUGAAUGAUUAACAUAUUUUUUCAUGCAAACCUUUGUUAUCCAUUUUCUAAUAACUAUUUUGUCGGUUUUUUAUCCAGGCCUAUUUUUAGCUUUCUGUCUCUGUGCCAAACUGUUGAUGUCAUUUUGUUUUUAUUGUUCGCCUAAAACUAGCAACUAAGUGUUAAAAGUUUUUAUGGAUUCUGGUUCCAGUAAAGUUCUCUCGUUACAUCUGACAUCUCAUCAUGAUUCGUAAUCAUUAUUGCUUCUUGUAAUUACUUUCAUUCCAAAAUUUCUGUAAAUGCGCAGAACAACCUUAAACUCCUUUUUCCUCAGUCUUCGGAUGCCCUCUGUCUCACUCCUAAAUAUUGUGGAAAUCAAGGUAAAAAAAAGCAAAAAAAACGGAACGGAUCAAAGGAAGAUUUUCUAAAAUGAAAACUGUAGUUUUUGUUUUACUUCAAGUUAUAUGAGGAUCCUAAAUUUUUUCAUACAAUGCCUCUAGUACAGGGUUAGAAGAAAUUCCGCAUACAUCUUUUGGCAUUUUAUUUAGUUGCAUAAAAAAUUCUACAUUUCUUCUUUCUUCAUUAACUUCUUUAAAGAGAGGAAUCAAAUUAUUUUUUUUCUUGUAUAAACGUCUGUCUAGAAGUUAAGUGUCUAGCAUACCAAGCUUUCUGUAUAACAAAAGGACACUAGUAUCUAAAAGUCAUUAAGCUUUUUUUUUCCAUGACUAAAUAGUACUAGCAAUCCAGUGAAAAUUGUGGUCUGUGAUGAAGCCAUUGCAUUUAUCUUAAAAAAUUAGUUUUUGGAGAGAAAUCUGAAAAAAUUCUAUUUGUUCUGAAUUUUUCCAUCAGAAUUUGCUGGACCCCAUUGUUUUUCAUCUUUCAAAAUACUUCAGGGAUCAUCUAAAAAAGAGUGCACUUUCAAAAAGUUUACCAUACUUUUUCUUUAAAAACUGCUGUUCAGUAUGAAUGUUAAGAAAAAAAUUGCUCAGCAAUUAAAAUUUUGAUGAGAUAGCCAUCACAGAACCUAACAAUUAUUACUGCCUGCUGGUUGUUGCUAUAUUCUCUUACAUUUUAUCAGGUUUUUAUUUCUUUCUUACACGAUUAGAUAUAAGUAGUGAAUAAAUCGAUCUGUUACUCAAAGAUUUUGCAUUUCGCAUUCUUAUUACCAUGAUUUUGUAUAUUAUGAUACAUUAAUUGAUGUGUCUGUCUACCUAUGAGCUCAUCAUUUUAGUUUAAUCUCCUAUGGCAAUCUUUUGCUCUGCGUAAUUUCUCAUCCCUUCAUUCAUUUUGUACGUAUUUUACACUGUACACUUGUAUAAUCACAAAUACCUAAAUAUUGUUGUUUUAUUUUUCCAUAUUUUGUACUAUGACGGGUAGUAAGUCUCUGCACUGAAAUUAAACACCUAAUUAAAAUUAA